GCGUUCAGGGAACAUGGCGGUGUCCAUGAGACUGUUGGUCCGGAGGCUGAUCCGUCUCUCGCACAGGAAUGUCGCUGUCAGCAGAGCAGCAGUUUUAUCUCGCUCACAUUGUCACUGGGAGCCGUUGUUUUGUCGCAGUUUCAGCGAUGACAGAAACACACAUUUUGGCUUUGAAACGGUGUCGGAGGAAGAUAAAGCGAAGAGAGUGUAUAAGGUGUUUGAAAAUGUAGCCCAAAAGUACGACAUCAUGAACGAUGCCAUGAGUCUUGGGAUUCAUCGACUGUGGAAGGACAUGCUUCUGCACGCCAUGCACCCACAGCCUGGUGCCCAACUCCUGGAUGUGGCGGGUGGAACAGGUGAUAUUGCCUUCCGUUUCCUGGAUUAUGUUCGUACUCAACAAGAACAGAAAAGGCGACGAGAGGCGCGGUCCAUGCAGUUGCAGUCAUGGCAGGAAAUUUCCAACAGCUACCCAACAAUUGACGAAGGAGGACGCCAGGAAUCCAGGGCUGUGGUCUGUGACAUCAACAAGGAGAUGCUUAAAGUGGGCAAGGAGAAAGCAGACGGCAAGGGCAUCAGUGCUGGUCUGUCGUGGGUUGUGGGGGAUGCAGAGGAGCUGCCCUUUGAUGAUGACCAGUUUGAUAUUUACACCAUCGCCUUUGGCAUUCGCAACGUCACUCGCAUAGAUCAGGCACUACAAGAGGCUCUACGGGUCCUCAAGCCCGGUGGCAGGUUCAUGUGUUUGGAGUUCAGCAAAGUGACAAAUCCUGUGCUUGCAAGGAUUUAUGACGCAUACAGUUUCCAGCUGAUCCCAGUUUUGGGAGAGGUGAUUGCUGGAGACUGGAAGUCCUACCAGUAUCUGGUGGAAAGUAUCCGCAGGUUCCCUGAUCAGGAGGAAUUCAAAUAUAUGAUUGAAGACGCUGGUUUCUACUGUGUGCAGUAUUUCAACUUGACUGGUGGAGUUGUGGCUCUACACUCUGGAUUCAAGCUGUGAGACGCAAUAUGAAACGAAUAUAUCCGCAAAAAGACUGGCUUUAUGUUUCAGGCGUCUCUGUCUGUGAGAGACUGUCUGC